GCCUUCCCAACCUCAAUGACCCCGUGUGGGCAGGCAGGCAGGCAGGCAGCAGGCAGGAGGAGGAGCCAGGGCUGGCUGUGGGCAGCCAUCCUGGGCAGCCUGCCCAGCGCUGGCAGAGCAGGUGGAGGCAGCGGGACGCAGCUCUCGCCCGGCCGGGGCAUGGAGGCUCUGGGCCCCCGCUGCCCGCUGCCCACUACCCAGGGCUGCCCCCGGCCGGGCUGCCGCACCGUGCUGCUGGCGAUGACGCUGUCUCUGCUGAUGUACCCCAUGCUGAGGAGCCUCGCUCUCCAGCUGCACUCUGCCAUCACUGGCAGCUAUGUCUCUGGGACCCACUCCAUCGUCUUCAUCAACUGCCUCAACGAGCAGAUUGCCAAGGAUAUUGCAAGGGGCAUCAUGGACAAGAAGCUGGCUGCCUACGUGAACAUCCUGCCCAAGAGCUCGGCCUUGUAUUUCUGGAAAGGGGAACUGGAAGAAUCCACUGAAAUCCUGCUGUUAGUAAAAACAAGGACGUCCAAAAUAAGUGAAUUGUCCAACUAUGUCAGAUCCAUCCAUCCCUUUGAAAUCCCCGAAGUCAUCAGCCUGCCUAUUGACCAAGGAAACCCCCUCUACCUCAAGUGGAUUGGAGAAAACGUCCCACGGGAUUGAAUGAACAGCCCAGAAACCACCCUGCUCUUGAGGAGACCGAUGAGACAAGUUCUGCUGGGGUUUGUGCACAGAGUGACACAGGGAAGCAGCUCACAUCCCCAGGGGUGUGCUACAGCACAGGAGUUUGAGAUAAGGAAUUUCAUUUGAACUUGAGAUGUCCCCUCCCUGGCCUGGCCCUGCAGCAACACUGAGCUGGAGGCAGCACUGGAAUGGGGAAGGGCACCACAGGGCUGCUGUUGCCUGAGGUUGCUCGCAGCACUGCCCUGCAGCACCUGGGGAUGGUGCAGCAUGUGCCACACACACACGUGGCACUGGCUGAGCCCCAGCAAGCACCCUGCCUAUCAGCUGGGCUGAGCUGGGCAAAGCAACCCCAUUCGGGGACCCAGGACCAGCAGGGCAUAGCUCUGCUGCUUUCUCUCCAGACCAAGCUGAGCCUUAGAAAAAGAUGCUCGUGUUGUGUAAUUGGAUAUAAGCUACAAAAUAAAUUGUGUGACUGGGAAGAGAAUAAACCAGAGCAUUUCCUACCUACA